CAAACUCUCUACAUGUAUCUGUGUCCGCCGCCAUCGGGAAUCGUAUCCUAGACAGUCCACCUCUGAAGGGAACAGCAUUAUUACCUCCGAAGCAAAAAGCCUCAAAGCUCGUGGUUUUUUCUAGAUUCUACCCUUCAAACCCGUGCAAUAUUUUCACAUGCACAUUCAGAUUCGCCUUCGUUUCAAGAAAAGAAGUGCCCAGUUCCAUCCUGGGGUAUGGCUACAUGAAAGACUUGAGCUGGUUCAUGUCUCCCCAGAAUCUCGAUCGCUAGCUCUGCAAGGAUCAAGGUUCUCCCUUGCUGAGAUCUUGAGACCGCCGCCUUAAUUGCGAGGGCAUACUUGAAGUUCACUUGGAAGUACUAUUCGGGGAAGUGUGCGAUAUAGCCGAACAAGUUUUUUUCUCCCGCAACAAAGUCCCGGUUAGAAGACAGAAAGUAUGCUCGGAAGCGCGGUUGGAGACCACUAUAGUGGGUCGUCUCUCCCGUGGCGCCGUCGUAGCACGGCCUACCACUCUUAACAAUGGGCAUCUCAAGUAAUUCAUGUCCGCAAGCUGAGCACCUCCAAUUUUCUGAUACUGAUAGAAUGAGAGUUAACAUCCGCGGCGUCAUCCCUAUUGUCUGUCUUCCCGGGGACCGUUCGUAUGCAUGUACCUGACUCAUAAGCGACUUCUCGUAGGCAGGAGUGCACUGCGCAAGGUUGACGAUUAGCGGUUACCAUUGAAUAGCCGAUGUUAGCGGUUCACAUGAAUGAAUGAUGGAACGCUUAGAAGCGGGAGGGCAUCGGGAGGACGUCCUCUCUAAACAUCCUGCCGCCCAGUCGCAACAAACGGUCGUAAUGAUCGCAAGCGAGCUAGAUGCGAUACGCAAAGGUGUUUACAUGGCGAUAUGGGCUGGAAUCAAGAAACAACUAGUUUGCAGGACGUUUAUCGUUAAUGCUGGUACGUUCCUGUGGUGUUGCUGUGUUCCUUGAGGUGUUACUCGCAUCUUUCAAUUGGGGAGCGCCGACGAGCCGAUUUUUGGCCUAUUCACGGACAUCUAAUUCCGAUAAGAAUCUAUAAUUAUCCUGGUUAAUGAUUUAGAUCGGUGCACUUACUUGACGUCUUCCCCAUGGAGCUCUGAGCAGGCGAGCUAUUAGCUCAACUCUAGGACGAACCAACGGACGUGUUUUGAACCAGUUCUUCCUCACGAAUGAUCUUUUUGGAACGCAUUUUCCAAGGUCAUACCGAGACAUCAACAAUUAAUUAUGUGCAGGUUCUGGAGUAUAAAGACGAGAUGUUCAGUAUCAACGUACCCUUCCUGCUCUCAGUUUUGUUGUUCAGCAAGCUGACGGCUUGCGCACCCGCCCCUUCUGGGUCUGCUUCAUCAUCCACCGUGGACGCGUCCUCUUCCGUCGUCCUUCCGUCGUCCUCCGUGCUUUCCUCCUCGGGUGUAUCCACCAUCGAAAAGCCCACUCAAACCUCCUCUGCUUCUCAAUCGACGGCCACUGUCCCGUUCGCAGCCACCGAUCCCAACUUUCCACUCUGGAGCCCGAACUCGGACGCAAACGAUCCUGCUAUAGCUCCUAUUCGCGGCGGGCUCGGGGCUCCUCUACUGGGGCCUGACAACAGACCUGUCGACCUCCAAAAUCCAGAUUUAUUCGCACCCCCGAGCACCGACCAUGGAAGCGUUGCCAACGCGAAAUGGCCUUUCGCUAUGAGUCACAAUCGUUUGCAAACCGGUGGAUGGGCGAGGAACCAGAAUGAUGGUCAGCUGCCUAUUGCAACUGCAAUGGCCAGCGUCAACAUGCGGCUAGAAGCUGGUGCCGUUCGAGAAUUGCACUGGCAUAAGACGUCUGAAUGGGCUUACGUUCUCAAAGGCUCGACCCAAGUCUCGUCUGUCGACAGUGAAGGACGAAACUUUGUAGCGACCGUGGGCCCCGGAGACCUUUGGUUCUUCCCCCCAGGCAUUCCUCACUCCCUCCAGGCCACGAAUGAUUCGGCGGAAGGAUCGGAAUUCCUGCUUAUAUUCGAUGACGGUGCAUUCAGCGAAGACUCUACAUUUUUGCUCACGGACUGGCUUGCACACGUUCCCGCUGAAGUCAUACAAAAGAACUUUGGUGUCGGCCAAGACGCGUUCUCACAUAUUCCUGCGGAAGAGUUAUAUAUUUUCCCGGCUCCUCUUCCCGCGCCAGACUCCGACGCCCCAAAAAGCCCCCAAGGGACGGUACCCGAUCCAUUUACGUUCGCUUUCUCAAAGCUCAAUGCAACAAUGACUCCUGGUGGAUCCGUCAAGAUCGUGGAUUCAAGGAACUUCCUGGUAUCGAAGACGAUCGCCGCUGCAGAAGUCACCGUGAUGCCUGGCGGUAUCCGAGAACUUCAUUGGCAUCCUACCAUGGACGAAUGGAGCUUUUUCCUUGAAGGCGAAGGACGCGUCACCAUUUUUGCGUCCCAGAGUAAUGCGAGGACCUUUAAUUACCAGGCCGGAGAUAUUGGAUACGUUCCAACUGCCAUGGGCCACUACGUGGAGAAUACAGGAAACUCUACCUUGAGAUUCCUGGAGAUCUUUAAUACAGACCGCUUCCAGGAUAUCAGUUUGAACCAGUGGCUUGCACUAACCCCACCUGAGCUCGUUAAAGCUCACCUGGGCUUGGAUGAUGCCACCAUUGCCAAAUUGUCCAAGACAAAGCCGAUCGUAGUAGGAUCCAAUACCUCGAAUUGAAGAUUCGGCCUUUGAAGAAGCCCGUCGUUUAUUUAUAUGGAUCAGUGCCUUGUAUCCCUUCCUCUUCUUUUCUGCCGUCAAGAUGCCUAUCUACGCGAACUGCCCAGGACCCAAUGAGAUGUUUGGAAAUAAUUACUUACCAAAUGUAUG